CAAAAGGGUUAUAACUCUGUGGUUGAUGCAGAUCUUCUGUGUCAAUGUCGUCUGCUAUAUAAGCUACAUAAGCUGACACGGAACGUUUGUACCAGACAGAAAGUAGAAGUACCACCCACGUACCUCCUCUCACGCCCUACAGGAGAGCAAGUGAUCACAGGUGAUGUCCAGUCCAGAAGCAUGGCUUGUAAAAGUGUUCUGGUUUGGCAUCAUUUCCACAACAUAUUUCUGUUGUGCACAACGACCAAACAUUGUUUUCAUCAUUGCUGACGAUCUGGGAUGGAAUGAUGUUGGCUUCCAUGACUCAGAGAUUGAGACCCCUAACAUUGAUGCUUUAGCCUAUGAUGGUAUCAUCCUGAAUAAAUACUACGUAUCGCCUAUCUGUUCACCUACUCGUAGUGCCAUCAUGACAGGACGGCAUCCUAUACACACAGGCAUGCAAGUUUAUGUGAUAGGAGGAGCAACUCCUUAUGGGUUACCUCUCAGUGAGAUAACAAUAGCACAGCAUCUGCAGAAGUUGGGCUAUAGGCGACACCUUGUUGGAAAGUGGCAUCUAGGUUUUUUCACAGAUGCAUAUUUGCCAAUGAACCGUGGCUUUGAGAGUCAUUUUGGCUACUACACUGGACAUGAAGAUUAUUUUGAUCAUGAGUCUAACGAUGAUCAGAUGUGGGGUCUGGAUUUCCACAGAAAUGGACAGACAUUGUGGGAUGUCUAUGGUAACUUUUCAACAGAAAUGUACACGCAAGAAGCAGAGCGAAUUAUACGUUCACAUAAUCAAUCCGAGCCAUUGUUUCUGGUGCUUGCACACCAAGCAGUACAUGCUGGAAAUCAACCUGAGCCACUUGAAGUUCCUGAAUCAUAUGUGGAAAGAUAUACAAACAAAAUCAAAGAUGUAAAACGAAGAAUGUUUGCAGGAAUGGUCUCAGCUUUAGAUGACUCUGUUGGUCAAGUGGUGAAAGUCUUAAAUGAAACAGGCCUCAUGAAGAACACUGUACUUGUUUUUACAACUGACAAUGGUGGUCCAACAAAUGGUUAUGAUGGUAAUGCUGCCUGCAACUGGCCACUUAGGGGCGUCAAGAACACCAUGUGGGAAGGUGGCGUUAGAGGUGUGGGCUUGAUCAGCAGCCCCCUGCUGAAUGGACAGUCAUACGUCUCAGAAAAUUUCUUUCAUGUCACUGAUUGGCUGCCCACACUCUAUCAUGCGGCUGGGGGAGAUCCUACCACCUUGAAGAAUCUUGACGGCUUGGACUUAUGGGAUAUGCUGCGGAAGAAUGGAGAACAGGUUCGGUCAGAAGUUCUUCACAACAUAGAUCCUGUUAACAAAUUUGCAUCCCUUCGUGUUGGAGACUAUAAACUAGUAAUGGGAAAGAUAUCUGUUAAUGAUAAUGGGUGGUACCCUCCACCGCAACUGUCACCCAAGAAAAACAGUGAUAUUCUUAAGCGUAGUAAAGUACCUAUUGUGGUUAAAUGUGGCCCCAAGCCUCUAAAUGCUUCAUACAACUGUUUACCAGAGGUGUCACCAUGUCUGUUUCACAUUCCAAUGGAUCCUUGUGAAUAUGAGAACAUAGCCGAUGUCUACCCAGAUAUAGUAAAACAAAUGCUUCAGAGGCUUGAGGAGUACAACUCUACCAUGAUUCCUCCUGCCAAUAAGCCUGUGGAUCCAAAUGCUAACCCAGCUUUACAUGGAGGAGAUUGGAAACCAUGGAUGUAGGAGUAUUUAAGACACUGCUUCAUAACGACAAAAUCUAGAAUAAAAUCAAUAUGCCUUGUGUGAAAGGUAUUUUUUUUAAACUCAAUGUUACAUUUUUAAAAUCAAAAAGAAAAAAAUUAUUUUUGUGAGCUUUAUUUCAAGAUAAAGAAGUAAGCAAUAAUAACAACAGAGAUAACUUGUAUAGUGUAUUUCACCCUCCCCCAACAUAUACACAAGAGAGCUCAACAUGAUUUAACAUGGUUCCAAGCCCGGUCAAACAGAUGGAUGUCUGCAAAGCAGGUUAGAAAUAGAUUGUGAAAAAUCUGCAAUGAGAGAGCUUCAUGAUCAGCAGAAUGUUUGAUCAGAGACAAAACAUGAUUUUGGAACUAGUUUAGGCUUAACUACUAGUCUCCAUCCAUCACACAUACCUAGACCCUUUAGGAUUCAACAUAGCUCUUCAAGAAAUAUUUCUCAUAAUCAAGCAUACUAUUAUUUUGCUAACUCCUUUGUUCUUUAUCCAUGGAUUUUAUUCAUGUUUGCCAUGGUCUCAUCUCUCAUCUGUUCGCUGACACUUGUUUCUUUUAUAAUUGACUGUCAGGGUGUUUGUAUUCUUUUGUAUACAGACCAUUGAGCUCACAGAGGGAAAUGUGCUCUACAAAAUUUAUGAUUAUUAUUACAAUAUUUUAUACAAAAGCUUGUUCUGCUAAAAUUGAAUGGCAGAAUAUUUUCACCUCUGCAAGAUUUUUCAUUAUAUAAGGAUUGCAGCAACACAUAAAAGCUGCAUCUGGAUUAAUUUUUUUCCAUGACUUGUUUUGUAAAGUUUUUAAGUGAUCCACUUUAGUAAUUUUUAAUAUUUUUUAUAUAAUACUUUAAAAUUUUGCAUCCAAUUGCAUUUUUAAUAUACAUAUACUUUACUAAAGGUAUUUGCACACUGUUAAAUGAUUUGAAAAUUAACACAGAAUCAAAAACAGUGCUUUAUUUUUCUUUUAUAACAUUAAUUAUGAUGAUGUACAGAAAAUGCUUCAAGCAUUACUUUUAUUCUGCAUAACCUUUGCACAUCUGUGUGUGAACUUCUUGAACUUUGGGGUAUGCUUGAUGUCCCCCAUUUUCACAUGUACACAACCAUUGUCAUCAAGAAAAUACAAGGUUCUUUAACAUAAUAAAGACAAGCCACUCAA